UCUCUCGCUACAGCUUGAGAGUGAAACUCAGAAAUAUUUUCAAUAUAAGUUUCGUGUUCAACAUGUCGAACACCAGACUGCAGACUUUUCGGAGCUUUUUAACGGAGCGGUUUACCACUGCGGCUGUGGAGAUAUUUGGAGAAGUUGAGACUAUUGUGGAGGCGUAUUAUGAGGAAAACAAACGUCUGAGGAACAUACUGCACAUGGUGCUCCACCCCGAGAUAAAGUUACCGAGGAUAGAUGAAAGUCAAUGCUCCAGAAUAACCACAGAUGUAAGAGAGCAGCCCCCUAAGUUGAAUACUGCAGUAGACCUGGAAAUAUCAGAACCGCUGCCAAAAAAACCUAAAGAAGAGCAAAUUGAAUGUGAUAUAAGUUUAGGAUCACAACAACAAGAACAACAAGAAGACAUGGGGGAAGUCCAUAACACAUUUAACCCAGGCUGUGUGAAAGAUGACCCGGAUGAAGAAGACACAAACAUUCCCUGCACUGCUAACUUGUUCUGCAUUCAAGUGGUGGAGUACACCCCCAACUCUUCAGCCACUCUCUCAGCCGAUGAAGCAAAUGAUGAACACGACGACAAUUCCUCAUUGGGCUCAGAUGCAGUCACAGAUGACCCACAGCCAUUCAAAAGUGAAGAAAGUGCAAGUGAAAACUGGGAAACACAAAAACAUGAAACGUCACAGACAAGGAAGUCAAGGCAGUCCCUGCAGAAAACCAUGCUAGAAUUACCAAGGAUGAUGGCCUACAAAUCUUCAAUUGUUGCACCACCUGACAGUCAGUCCUUUUUGGCAAGGUUCACUGAAGCCUUUAAGGAUGUCCCAGAUGACCGGAAACCACUGAUAACCAAAAUGGGCCUGACAGCAGAAGUGGAAUUGGUGGACUGUGCUUUUGGUAAAGUCCCUAAAGGUUGCCCCCUGUCCUACCAGUACCCUGUACCAUCAAGUAAGGAUUACAAGACUUAUGACAACGCUCCUCCCCGACCGCUGCUUCCCCUGUCUUAUCACAAACUGGUGCCAGUGUCGGCUCUUCCUACACUCAGUGCCAAGGAGCAGGAACAUGUGAACGUCAUGCAGAUCACCUGGGAGGAAGCACACAGUAUGGAGCACUCCACACGUGGAUGCAAGGAGUCCGUGGAGGAGCUGCGGAAACUGCGCUUGACCAGCCGUUUCAGGCAGAUCUGCAAACUUAAACCAGGACAGAGCCACGCAGAGCACCUGAUAUUAAAGAUGCGGAACGGAUUAUCCAGGUGCAAGACGGCACAGAUAGAAGAGGAAACGAAGAGUGAAGCACUUCGGGAAUACUGUCAGCAUCUGUGUGUCAACUGGUCCCCCUGUGGCUUGGUUGUCAACCCGGAUGCUCCAUGGUUGGGGGCGCUGCCUGACGGGCUGGUGUACGACCCCAAGGAGAUUCCCAGUUUCGGGAUGGUGCAUAUCAAAUGUGUCAGUUUUCAAAGCUUCAUUGACUGCGGGUUCCUCACCUACCAGGACGGAGCCUUGAAACUGAGAACAACCAGCUCUCACUACUGGCACAUUCAAGGAGAGAUGAUGGUGACAGGCAUGUCAUGGUGUGAUCUCUGUGUCAUCUCCAGAGAAGACAUUCUGGUUCAACGCAUCUACCGGAACAAUGCUAUCAUCAAGGUCAUGAUGAAGAAGUUGCAGGACUUCUUUUUCCGUUACUACCUGCCAAGUCUGUUUCACACCGGUGUUACAGCUUGAGUGCUUGGGGCAUCGUCACACUGCUGUCAUACACACAUGUUCUUCCCCUCAGGUGGUUGCUUGUGAGUUUUAACAGAUUGCAGAUGACUUAAAUGUAGUAUAUUUUCUGACCACUAAUGUUCUACUGGCAUUAUUAAAUAUGUAACUUUUAUUAUUAGUUCGAUGGAGUCUAGUCAAGAGUAAGUUUUAGAAAUGCAAUGAUCAGUCGGCUGGCGAUCGGAAUAUCAGAUCAGAUAUCCUAUCCUGUGAUGGUCAAAUUUACACUAAUGCACGGCACGACGGUUCCUGCACAAAAUGGCACAAACACCGCUACGUCAUCAGCGUGGAAGUUUUUCACUGUGAGUGAAGACGACACAAAACCUCUCAAUUUUUAAUACCUGGAAUACUGAAUUAAGUUGUAGAGGAACAAACAUGAAAACAUUCGCAACAACAAAGUUAGGUAGACACACCAUCACGCCACUGACACUAGCAAAGGCAAAAUGGCUAAAACUACUGUCACACCGCAUACCUCAGCCUCGCAUGGCGGCUACCUAGCUGCUGCGGCUUGUAAGCAUGUGUGUCCACACCGCCAGCAUUGCUGCCAUGCUUUUGAUGAUGGUCGUCAAUAAUAAUAAUCAAACAUUUUUAUGAGUGGUUUGAAAAGUGAAGAACUGUAACCAGUCAUAUGAUUGUUGUUUUCCCUUGUUUAGACAGCGCGCGAGAGAGAGAGCGCCCGUCACCUUGUUAUUUAAUGAUUAACAUACAAUUGAAGUGUCCAGCAAAGAAAAGUUAAGAAAAGUUGUUAAUUAUAGACUUUAAAAAUGUAGAUAAUAAAUAAUAAUAAAGACUGAGUUAGUCAGGCUUUUUUUUUUUUAAAUCAGAUAUCGAAGACUGUGAAACGUGGCCCACCACAACUUCCCAGCGCCCAAGUUCAGAUUGAUGACGUCUGAAGGUAUUCACUUUAUCAUCAGAUAGCAGAAAACACACAUUUGUGGAGCUGGGGCAAGGGAAAAUUUCUCCUCAAGCAGUGACUUCAAUGAUUAAUCUACAAAUAAAGUUGUUUCUGAUUCGUUUUUCAUGUAGAUCGAUUGCACUAAUUGUUUCACUGGGCAUUCCUUUGGUGAUGCUGGUUGGAUUUUGUUCGAUCACUGUUCACUGGGGCUGGAACUACUUUAGGUUCAAGUGUUGACACGAAUGGGAAAUUUCAAGUGACUAUUAAAGCAGAACAAAUGCUAAAUCCAUUGAUAAUAUUUCUGUAGUUCUGAAUCAGAGCAUGACUAUGCAGAAGGUUUGAAUGCUCAGAAAUAAAGAUUCUUAUAUCUAACCACAUAAGGUCUGUGUCAGUUGUUUGAAAUGGUCCACUAGUGUCUUGCUUAAGCCCAGUGUUCCUUUAGACCCUGAUCCCUCUUUAAGAAAUAUACUUGUCAUUGUUUUAUCAACAUGACGCUUCAUUCAGUUUCUUAAUUUUAUAAACAUGAUUUUGAACUGAUGACGUGUUUCAAAAAUCUGCUGCAGAAAACAAAGCAUCACUCCUGUUUGGAGCCGUAAAACAUGGUUAAAUACAACUAAAUUUUAAAUGCCAUGUAAUUGUCUCUGAGUUUGACAAAAGAAAGGAAUAUAUUUUGUUGGUAGCCUAUAAAACAUGAAAUAUUUCCUUAUUUGUUGUGCAAUAAAAAUGUUUUAUGGUCAUUGUCAUAUGGUCAAGAAAACAUUGGUCCUAGCACCUUCAUAUCUUUCAGAUUACCUGUCAGAGUAUGUUCCAAACCAUUCGCUUUAGUUGCUUAACGAUGGUUUAUUAAAUAUCCCAAAAUGAACCGCACAAAGUUCAGUAAGCAGCUUUCCCGAAGCUGUGUACCAGAGUUACUCCCACCACAUAUUAGACUAGCAACCUCUGCUGAUGUAUUCAAGAAGCAGCUCAAAACUUAUUUUUUAUGGUCUUGCUUUUAAUUAAUUCAAACUUUACUUUGA